UGUGUGUGUGUGUGUGGGUUUUCCGACGUUAUCAGCCUUUAAUGAUAAUCGGAAAAUUUUUUGAGUGGCAGUGGCAUAUUGAUAUCAAGGCAGCCAUUUACGUCCGGCAAUCCGCAGCAACCGGAGGACAUCGAGCGCGCUAUGGGUGGAGCCGAAGAACAUGCUUCACAGCGUUUGCCGCCCAUUGACUAUGAUCUGGAUCGCUUUCCAUAUUGUAUUGUUUGGACACCAAUACCAGUGCUCACUUGGAUAUUGCCAUUCAUCGGUCACAUGGGCAUCUGCAUGAGUAAUGGCGUAAUCAGGGAUUUUGCUGGACCAUAUCUGGUGACGGAGGACAGAAUGGCAUUUGGACGUCCCACACGCUAUUUGCGCUUGCAUCCGAAAAACGUCGAGGGUGGCUCCUAUGCCUGGGAUGAGGGUGUCUCCAAAGCUUCUGUCCUAUACGGCACGCGCAUGCACAACAUAUUUUGUGAUAACUGUCACUCGCAUGUCGCGACGGCUCUCUGCAAUAUGCAAUACAAGGACAGCACCAGCUGGAACAUGAUCAUUCUGUGCUUCUGGUUGUUCGUUUGCGGCCGCUAUGUAGGAGUCUGUGGCUUCAUCAAGACCUGGUUGCCGUUUCUAAUACUACUAACUGUUGUUGUUUUGCUCGCUGUGUACUUUUAGGGCCUACCAAUUAAAUCAGUUAAUCAAAA